AUGUAUGCCUGCUCCAGGUUCAUCUCCACUUGCUCCUUGAUCAGAAGCACCUCUCAGCUGCUGAGUUGCCCGCUGUCUGCUUUACAGUUUAACCGACCACAGACAUGGACAGAUGAGGGCCCCAGUAGCUUGGCAGUCCCUCGCCCUCUGACCUCAGUCAUCCCUAGCCGCAGCUUCCAAACCAGCGUCUAUUCUAGGGACAUCGACACAGCCGCCAAGUUCAUUGGGGCUGGGGCCGCCACAGUUGGGGUGGCUGGCUCUGGGGCUGGCAUUGGGACUGUUUUGGGGAGCCUCAUCAUUGGUUAUGCCAGGAACCUUUCCCUGAAGCAACAGCUCUUCUCCUACGCGAUUCUGGGCUUUGCCCUCUCAGAGGCCGUGGGGCUCUUCUGCCUGAUGGUGGCCUUUCUCCUCCUCUUCGCCACGUGA